AUGCCUAAACGCUCUCGACAGGUGCAAACAGCCCUCAUGAACCUUGGGCGCUGGGCAAAGAAAACAAAGAUUUCAGCUGAGAAGGAGAAUAUUAGUGUGAGCAUUGCUACAGUAUCACCUGGCUCUGUAGCUUUAGUUCAUGAUUAUCUUACCAAUCAUCAUGCCCAUUCUCCACUCUCGAACUUGGGUGCAGCUGCCAUAAACCAUGCCGAAUGUGCUACAGCGGAGGAAGUCACUUGUCCAAGUCAAUUGUCCACAGACAUUGAAUUGUCUGUGUUGCAUGCUGACUUGAAGGAAUCAGCAGACUUUGGGGUACCGGAUGGUUGUGUACUCGCCUUCAUCAUUAUUGGUGAACACAGUGGGGAAGUGGAUGAUGAACCUGGUGGGAUAGAUGGUUACGAGACCUUGGACGGCACACUCAAAGACGGUGCAGCACUUUCUAACUCGGAAAUUACCUGUCAGCACUCCGACUCUGCACCCCCCAAUCUCCCCUCCUCAGCUUCUCGGGAAUAUGAUGUUCCUUGGCAUUCAAUUGAUGCCCGAACACCACCUGGUGUUGACGAAGCACGUCUUGCAUUAAAUGACCUGAAAAAGUUGCUUCACCCGACUCGCAAUAGUGGGCAUGGAUAUAAACCAUCUGGACUCACCUCUCUUCUUGAGAAACGGUUGACAUGGAUGGAGUAUUUCCUGCGCGCAUAUGUAAGCGGCACGCCAUGGUCGAGUGCAGCGCUUCAGAUGGCAAAAUUUUGCAGGCAGUGGUCAAAAACCUAUAUUCUGGACCGCGGGAAUUUACUGUUGUCAAAGUGCAGUGGAGACUGGACGAAAUCUCAGAUCAAUGAUGAAGAUUUGAAGGAGGAACUGCUCACACACCUUCAGUCGCUUGGCAAAUAUGUCACUGCCAUUGCGGUCAUCAAUUAUCUUGCACGGCCAGAUGUACAACAGCGAUAUCAGUUGUCAAAGACUAUUUCAUUGGUGACGGCUCAGCGCUGGAUGGAGAACUGUGGCUUUCGAUGGACCAUGGCAAAAAAUGGCCAAUAUAUUGAUGGCCAUGAGCGCGAGGAUGUCGUGAAUUAUCGGCAGAACAAAUUUCUGCCAGCGUGGUAUUCAGUUGACCCGAACACUCGAAAGUGGUCAUCAGUAGAUGUCAGCAAGCUCGAGGAGGGGCAGGCGACAACAGGAAGACGCACCGUGAAAAGAUGGGUGCACAAAGAUGAAAAAAGCACACUGCUGCUGAAGGGGGAAGGACUAUCUCUCAUGGUGGCUGAUUUUGUUUCUGCGGAUUAUGGCUGGCUACGAUCGCAUGAUGGGAAGGAAUCAGCGCGCAUCCUUUUCCGCGCAGGUAAAGCACGGGAUGGCUAUUUCGCGAAUGAUGAAAUCAUUUGGCAUGCCGAGAAAGCCAUGUCAAUACUGGAAAGAGAUUACACUGGUGAAGACCAUGUCUUUGUUUUCGAUAAUGCCACCACGCACCUUAAAUGUGCCGACGAUGCACUAUCUGCUUGUCAGAUGCCCAAGUCUUGCAAGGACUGGGGAGUAAAUACUGCAGUCCGUGAUGCACAAGGACGACCAAUCCGUGGCACUGAUGGGAAGGUUGUCAUGCAGAAGAUCCACGUCGCUGAUGGAUUCCAUAAUGGAGUACCACAGGCAUUUUAUUGGCCAGAUGGGCAUCAAAAUGCUGGCAUGUUCAAAGGGAUGGCAACCAUUUUGAUGGAGCGCGGUUUUGAU